AGCAGUAUGUGUCUGCCAGCUCCAAUCCCAUUAAUUUCUUCUCUCCUUUCCAAAACUCUCUUUCACUGAGAGGAGCCGAGGAGCAGCAGGAGGUGGAGAAGAAGACAAGAAUGUCGUCGGACGAGGAGUCAGGAGGUGGAGAAGAAUAUCUCUUCAAGAUAGUCAUCAUCGGCGACUCUGCUGUUGGCAAAUCCAACCUCCUCUCCCGCUACGCCCGCAAUGAGUUCAAUAUGCACUCCAAGGCCACCAUUGGUGUCGAGUUCCAGACCCAGGUCUUGGAAAUCGACGGCAAGGAGGUCAAGGCCCAGAUUUGGGACACUGCCGGCCAGGAACGCUUCCGCGCCGUCACCUCCGCCUACUACCGCGGCGCUGUCGGUGCCCUCGUCGUUUACGACAUCAGCCGCCGCUCCACCUUCGACAGCAUCACUCGCUGGCUCGAAGAGCUCAACACUCAUUCUGAUACGACUGUGGCAAGGAUGCUGGUGGGGAACAAAUGUGAUUUGGACAAUAUCAGGGCUGUGAGCAUUGAGGAAGGCACAAGUCUAGCUGAAGCAGAAGGAUUGUUCUUCAUGGAGACGUCUGCCUUAGAUUCAACAAAUGUUAAAAAGGCUUUUGAGAUUGUCAUCCGAGAAAUAUACAGCAAUGUCAGCAGGAAGGUUCUGAACUCAGAUAGUUACAAAGCGGAAUUAUCUGUCAACAGGGUAACCCUUGUUGAUAAUGGGGCUGAUGGAUCCAAGCAAGCCGCAAACAUGUUUUCCUGUUGUUCAAGGUGAUCUCUGUUAUUGUUCCCAGAAAGUAUACAAGUUGAGGGUUUUUGGUUGGUUUGUUAAUUUGAUUUGGUUGGUUGUAUUGCUUGUUGCUUUUUUUUUUUUUUUUUUUUAAUCACCAAAUAAGAUAAUAUUAUAGAGAUAUAAUUUUUAUAUUUGGUUCAAGUAAAACAAGAAGUCCAAUUUUAUUUAUUUAUUUUUAAUUUGAAUACAAGAAGCAUGAAGCAUGUAAUUCCACAAAAGACAGUGGACAGUCAUAUUCAUUUAUCUUCUCUAA